AUGCCUCGCCCAACCACAACCCCAGCACCAGGCCAAACCUCCCUCACAGCCCUCAUCCGCUCCAUGUCCCCCACCCCCGACCCCACAAACACAACCUACGUCUUCGCCCACCUCCCCCAUUCCCAAACCUCCCAACUCCACUCCCUCCUCACCCACCCCUCCACCCCCAUCAAAAUGCUCUUCCACGAACCCGAAGCCUGGACCCUCAUUCUGCCCCAAACCACCGCGGAAAGCGAGGGGUUGGAGUACACGUUCCCGUGCAAACUGAUCACGUUGAAUGUGCAUUCGAGUUUGGAGGCCGUGGGGUUUUUGGCGAGGGUGACGACGCGGUUGGCGGAGAAAGUGGGGACUGGCGUGAAUCCUGUGAGUGGGUUCUAUCAUGAUCAUUUGUUUGUGCCGGAGGGGUUGGAGGGGAGGGUUGUGGAGGAGCUGAAGGCGAUGGCGAGCGAGGAGGAGGAAGUUUGA